ACUGGGCUGCUGCUUGAGAUCUUCAGGCAGUGGUGAGAUCUGCUAAAUCCUGUUUGUCUGUCUGCCUGUCUCUUCCUCGGCCUUGCUCGGAUCUCAUCUGGCUGGCUCCGUCUUGCUGACCUGAUCCAAGAAGGCUCUGUGUUACCACCACCCACCUUUGGCCCACAGAACAAACAGCUAAGGCUCUCUUUCUUUCGUCCUCUCACGAUGCCGACUGUGUGGAGUGAUCUCAUGCUGAUGACGAUGGCGGCGUGGACAUGUGUUGCUGAAGCGAGACCACCCGCACAACAGGUACACACAUCGGUGGCUCGACCCAUUCACCCAUCCACUCAUUUGAUGCUUCGCUCUGGUCCAUGGCUGACUCUUGUGGUCAGGUCUAUGAGCGGGGCCUGCAGGGAUUGUCUGGCGGCACAUCGCUGUCUGCGUCGGAGUAUGAGGCGCUGCUUGGCCUGCUGGGGGGCAAUGACACCACACGACUCACAUCACUCUACCGGUAGAUACACAUCAUGCCAACAGUGCUGGGAUGAUGGGCAGAUUCCGUGUGUGUGUGUGUCUGUAUGUGUGUGUGUAGGACGUCUGUGCACGGCACCACUUAUGACGACCUGCUGGACCGAGUGGGCGACGCAAAGCCUCUCGUGUUUGUUAUCAGGAAGGACAAGUAUGUCUUCGGCGCCUUCAUCAGUGACAGCCUGCGGCUGCCCGACGACCCCACCGCUUGGCACUACUACGACUGUCACAAAUGGUAUUUCUCACUGUCCGGCCACUUCGACAAACCGACCAAGAUCGUUCUCCCGGAAAGCACGACGGUGCCGCCGAGGAUGUGGGUGGCGGGGAGGGAGGAGAAAACGUUGGGUACGAAUGUGCUUAUCGGUGGGCAGCUGUGCCUGGGCUGGGCUAACUCUGGCGGUGGUCCGCCUGCUGCCGAUAUCCGCAGCUGCCUUCAGGUGACCUACCGCAGCAAUGUGCCUGAGGGCUACACAGGAGAGUGGGAUGAGAAUGGCGAUGCGGUGUUGGGCGGAUCUACCGUAUUCAUGGCUGACGAGAUUGAGGUGCUGUCACGUGUGCCGCCAUCAUCAGCGAGGCAGAUGGGUGUGUGGCUGUCGUUCUGUCUGUGGCUCUCGUCAUUCCUGUUUUCCAUGUCCUAUCGCAUGAUGUGAACCCAUGGGCUACUCGUGUUACUUUUCUGGGCGGGUCGAGUUAAUUCAUGGCUAAUGAGAUAGAGGUGCUGCAUGUGGUGCAGUAGGAAGGGAGCGAGGGAGGGAGGGAGGGACAUGUGAUUUCCCCUCUCUAUGGUGCCGUCCACAGAGACAGGCACUGAUACAUCUGCCGUCCUCUGUGCCCCCGUCUGUCUGUCUGUCUGUCUGUCUGUCAUUCAUCUGAGUGUAGCUAAUCUGCCGGCACACUGCUGGUGCCCCUGUGUGUGUGUGCCUGCGUGAGUGUGUGUGUGUGCGGUGGCUGGACCUGUGAGCUUGUCGCUCUUCUGCUAUGGUGUGUGUCUCUGCGAUUGAGUAGAUGACCUUGUGUGUGGUCGACAGGUAAACACGCUGCAAUGGUGUCAUAGCCAGGCGUCGUUGGUGGCGGCGGCGAGUGAAUCGGUGUGGUUGGGUCACCAUGUGUGGACCAUGCCUCUGUGUGUGUGGUUGUGGUGGGGUUUGGGGUGUGUGUAUUGAUUUCUAUGUCAUCUUUGGUACCGAAC